UGAUGAUGAUGAUGGUGAUGGUGAGUAUUCAGAAAAUGAGUAUUCAGAUGAUGAGGAUAGAGAGUUUGAGGAUUUAGACGACGAGGAAACAGAUAGGAAGGUAAAAAAGCACGUUCAUGUGGGUUUAUUACAGCUUAAGGGAAGGAAAAUCAUAACAACUGUUGAAGGAAUAAAGAAAAAGCAUAACAAGAUACUCAAGGACCUCAUGGAACAAUGUUCUUGUAAUGGUCGUCUUGUCAACGACCCUCAGUUUGGCAAGGUUAUAGAACUUUUCGGAGAUCAAAGAAGGACUGUAUCUUCUUUCCUUGUUCAGGAGGGCAUAGUAAAGAAGAAACAUGUCAAAAUUCAUGGUUUCUAAGGCCUGACCAACAAGCUACAGUCAAAGACAUUUGCUUAUAAAUUUAUAUUCAAUCACUCAAUCGUAUAAACAUUAUGUUAUAUUGUUGUUAAGUGUCUAAAUACUCUAUCGUUUACUUAUUUUGGAUCGUUGUUGUGUGUGCUAGCUUCUGUGACAAUUAUCUUCAAUAACUUUGUUACUGUUCCUCCCU